AUGGACGAUUUAAGUGAUCCCAUUGUGGACACCAUUACCAAUACAUGGAGUCAGGAAACCGCUACACCACCAUUCAUGGGAUUGGAAUUUCAUUCCACCUUAUCAUCAUUGAAAUCAUUAACGAAUCCAAAUAACAUGAUGGCUAAAAACAAUAAUUCAAGUAAAUUACAUGUAGAGAGUGUGGAAGAAGGAAUUGCCGUCGUGAAUGAAUUCGGAUUGGAUUUUCUCUUGAUGGAUAUUUCCGUUCAUCAUCAUCAACAACAACAACAAAAUUUACAAAGCAAGAUGAGCUCAUCGGGCAAGACUUCCACCACCGCUACUACUACCACCACCAAUCCAACUCAACUCUCCCACCAACCCAACCAUAAUACCAGCCAUCUCUUAGAUUUGAGGCAAAUUUGCCAAAAACACAACAUUUCAUCCAGACAAUAUCUAUUCCGUACCACCGAUUGGUCCCAUUGCAUGGUCGGUAAAGUCGAUGAAGCAGCAUUCCAAGCAGCCUUUGGAAUUUAUUCACCCACCAACAAAAAGUUACUCUCUUCCGAUAAGCCCUAUGAUGUUCCUGGAUUGGAUGAGUACGCUGCUGCUUCUUCCUCGUCGUCGGCGCCUCUUGAAGGAAAAAAGACCUCUUCAAGCAAACAAAACAAACAACAAUUAACAAAUAAUCAUCAUUCAUCACCAUUUGCCAUUCCAUCCACAGCAGGCACUCUCUCACAAAUUCAUAUGCAAGUUCAAGCUGCCAAGCUCAUUAUUCAACAGGAAUUGCAAUGGGCCACACACCUGUGCAUUCCUGCCGUUCUCUUUCCAGAGCCUCAAAAUAAGGAAAUGGCCAUUGCACUCGCUCAAUUUAUUAAUCUUAUUCUUCCAACAAUGGGAAAUACGGCUAUAUGGGUACGAUUUAGUGUCAACAAUUAUUACUUGUGGAAUUUAGUGAGGACCAUGUGCGAUAGUCACACUUUACUCAUUCCAGUCUUGGAUUUGAAAAAUAAGGACGUGGAAGAAUUAAGCCUAUCACUCAAACAAUCGAGUCAGCAACACGGAGAAAGUGAAAAGAAAAAAAAGAAAACCCAUACAGGUGUCACUCUUGAACAAUAUGCGCCACAGGACACACUGUGGAAUGCAUUCGAAAAACAAACAUUUGGAGCUGAAAAUCCUCUGGUGACAUCUCUUUCUGUUUGGAUCGCCGAAAAUGUGAGAACAAUUAUUUUGAAUUUGGAUCUCUUUUCAAGGCCUGCAAACAAUACCACUUCGUUCCUCCAUGACGAUGUUGCACAAUUCCUUCGAAAAACAUUUAAAUACAACAUUCAAUUGGUUUUGAGUGCAACAGGCUUUGAGAAUGAACCAAGCCCAAAUAUGGCUCUCUAUAAGAGAAUCAUUAUGUCACUCUUUGAAACCAGUUGCAUGCUCACCAAUGUAGAAGUGUUUAGCAAGUCCUUUAGAGAUUUUUUGCAGAGACCUUUACAACCAUUGAUUGACAAUUUAGACAGUCAAACCUAUGAAGUGUUUGAAAGAGACCCCAUCAAAUACAUGCUCUAUGAGAAGGCUGCAGAGAAGGCUCUCUCAGAUUUGUAUGAAGCAAAGAAAAAGAAGGUCUCGAACGAAGAGGAUAUCAAAACUCUACGAGUCAUUGCGAUGGUAUUGGGAGCAGGUCGUGGCCCAAUUGUUAAGGCUGUUUUGAGAGCAGCUCGAACCACCAAAGUCCCAGUUUUGGUGUAUGCAGUGGAGAAGAAUCCUAAUGCCCUAAGUCAUCUCCUCUACUACAAAAAGACCAUUUGGCGAACAUUUACACAAGCUCAUGCAGGUGAAAAUUUGGAAAUUCCAAUUGUUGAAAUUAUUCAAAAAGAUAUGCGUAUGUGGAAUCCUCCUGAGAAGGCAGAUUUAUUAGUUUCUGAAUUAUUAGGAUCGUUUGGAGACAAUGAAUUGAGUCCUGAAUGUUUAGAUGGGGCUCAACGCCUCUUGAAAGAGAACGGCGAAGGAAUUUCCAUACCUGCACGUUACACUUCCUAUUUGAGCCCUCUUUGCAGUUACAAGGUUUGGAGUGAAGUGAAAAAUUUACAAAAAUCGACUACUUUUGAAGCAUCUGCUUUUGAGACUGGAUAUGUUUGCCUGGUUCAUAGAGGUGUUGUUCUUGACAGACCUCAACGAUGUUUUACCUUUAUUCAUCCCAAUCCUCAAGUCACUGAAGCUCUCAAGGAAAGUCUUUGCGAUGAAACUAAUGACACUUUGCAGGUUCCACUUGUGAAUAAUGAUCGAUACGUCUCUCUUCGUUUCAAAUCUCAGCAGAAUGCAGUUGUUCAUGGCCUCAUUGGCUAUUUUGAAUGUCAAUUGUAUAAGGAUGUAUGGAUGAGCAUUUUACCUGAUACUUUUUCUUCAGGAAUGUUUAGUUGGUUCCCAAUUUUCUUCCCUAUUGAAACUCCAGUCAUUGUCAAGAAGGGUGAAGACAUCGGAGUUCAAAUGUGGCGAAACUGUGAUCAUAAUGUCACAAGAAAAGUGUGGUAUGAAUGGUGUGUGACCACCAAUUCGACUUGUUCCAAAAUUCAUAACAGUCAUGGAAAACAUUAUUACAUUUCACUCUAG